AUGAGUGCGGUAGGCGGCGCGUUUGGUGGAAACAGGGGAGCGAGGCCUGUACCUCCUGAAAAAGGUGUAUUCCCCCUCGAUCACUUGCAUGAGUGCGACCUGGAGAAGAAGGACUAUCUUGCUUGCCUGAAGUCUACUGGAGCUCAGUCUGAAAAAUGUCGGAUGUUCUCGAAGAAAUACUUGGAAUGUAGGAUGGAGAGGAACCUGAUGGCAAAGCAGGAUAUGUCGGAGCUUGGGUUCAGUAACACAGACGUUGUGGUUACACCUUCCGAGAAGAACAGCAAACUGGAGAGCCCAACAAGUGAUUCAAAAGAGAAGAAAUAG